CUGGAGCGUCCAGGGCAGAAAACUGACCUGUGAUCAGCCAAAUAUGCCUCCAAACCUACGCAUGCGCACUAGGGGCAAUAUGCUGUCAUGGCCCCGUUCAGGGAGGCAUUGUGUUGGGAGAGAAGUAUAAAAGCCCCCACUAGCACAGGACACGGUUACUGAUGGACAGCAGUUGUUGAGUCCAGGAUGAAUGACAUGAACCUGAGUCCUGUGGGCAUGGACCAGCUCAGUGUGCCCUCUGUGAGUGCCAGCCACCUGGGUCUGCCCACCUCCCCCACACACAACCCCAUUCCCACCCCAGGCAUGCCAGUGGCCAUCCCCAGCCUGGGUCCUUCUCUAGGCUCCCUUCCUUCUGCUCUCUCGCUGAUGCUCCCCAUGGGUCCGCUCAGCGACAGAGGAGUGAUGUGCGGCCUGCCGGAGAGGAACUACUCCUUGCCGCCACCUCCAUACCCCCACCUGGAGAGCAGCUACUUCCGACACAUAUUGCCAGGUAUCCUGUCCUAUCUGGCAGACCGUCCACCACCUCAAUACAUUCAUCCCAGCAGCCUUAACAUGGACGGGACCCUCUCUGUGGCCAGCAACAAUCCCUCUGGCCUGGAUCCGUACAGUGGCCCUGGAGGCCCAUUGGAGCAGGGCCUGGUGCCCAUGGACUCCAGACAGGUCAGUGGCCAGGGAGACCUCCACCAGACUGGUGCUCAUGAGCUGGACUCUACAGGGUUGGCCAUGGAGUCACGAGUCAGCAGCCCCAUGUCCCCUGACCGGAUGGGAGAGGAGCUGGCCACCAUGGACGGAGUCGGUGUGGUUUCUGACACCCAACAACAGCUUGGAAGGCAGCCUCAGCCGCAUGAGGGCCUGGCCGGGGUGGACUCAUCGAGUGGGGUAAUGCCCCUUCACGGGCCCCCUGUGCUCGAACUACCUGUGGUGAUGGAGUCAGAUCAUAUGGGAGGCAGAGUGGGGAACGCUGGGGGAGGAGGAGCAGGAGGACUCGGGGAGCAGCUCCACGCAAAUGGGGAGAUGAACUCGGGCGUUGUCAGUGUGGUGCUCGCUGGCUCCAUGGCCGCCCAGGGCCAGUUGGAGCCGGUGUCGCUCCAUGGACACUCUGGGAUGGGGCUGGAGGCAGUAAAUGUGUCCCCCAUCACUGCAGAAGUGUCGCUGGGGCCAGAAAACAACCUGGUGCUGGUCAACUCCAACCUGCAGCUAGAGGAUUCUUCCUCCAACAAGGAGAACAUGGUCACUGCCUACACCAUCUGUGAGUGGUGCACACUGUGUGAGCGCUUAUAUACCUCAAACUGCCCCGAGCACGGCCCGGUCACCUUCAUCUCUGACACGCCCAUUCAAAGCCGGGCUCGCCUCUCUCUGCCGCGUCCACUGUGCCUGCGCAUCUCAGUGGCCGACGAACCGCUUGGAGUUUUUGCACGUGACAUUAUUCCUCCAAGGACCUGUUUUGGACCAAUGGUCGGCCAGCACUGUAGCAACGUGGAUCUCUCUGAUUGGCCAGAAAAGGACACGCCACAAAUAUGGAAGAUGUAUCACAACAAUGUGCUGGAAUUCUACAUCGUGACAACAGAUGAGAACGAGUGCAACUGGAUGAUGUUUGUCCGCAAAGCAAGGACCCGUGAAGAGCAGAACCUGGUGGCGUACACUGCCAAUGGUAAACUAUUCUUCUGUACAACCACAGAAAUCCACCUGGACCAGGAGCUGCUCUUCUACUACAGCAGGGACUACUGCAGGCUGAUGGGUGUUCCCCAGGUGCCUGAGGGUCAGAUCUGCCAGUGUGGUAAAGAGUGCUCCUCCUUCUCUGAGCUCAAGUCUCAUCUUAACAGCCAUAACCAACCUCCACACAGCCACAGCCCAUCCCAGCAAGACCACUCUCAACAACAGCAAUCACAGCAGCAGCAACAAGAGCAACAGGCACCACAACAGCAACACACUCACCAGGAAGAGAAACUGACCAAUGGGACCUCUAGCUCCUCCUCUUCCCCAUGGCCCUGCCACGCCCACGCUGCGGGACAAACAAACGGUGAUAACAACAGCAGCAGCAGCAGCAGGGACUGCAAUAAUAGAAACUCUAAUAGUGCUACGUCCAGAGCUAAAGGUCAGGGCCAUGUGCGGGAGAAGAAAUUCAAGUGCAGCAUGUGUUCCCGCGCUUUUAUCACAUCCACCAAGCUCAACGUGCACUUCAUGGGGCACGUGGGGAUGAAACCUCACAAGUGUGAAUACUGCAGUAAGGCCUUCAGCGAUCCCAGCAACCUCAGGAUGCACCUCAAGAUUCACACAGGUCAGAAGAACUACAGAUGCACUGUUUGCGGGAAGUUGUUUACCCAGAAGUCCCAUGUGGCUUCACAUAUGCUCAUCCACACCGGUGCAGAGAAGCUCAAGUGUGACCUCUGUGACCGGGCAUUCAUCAGGAAACAUGACCUGAAACAACACAUGUUCUCUCACACACACGAGCGCCGGAUUCAGUGCCCAAAGUGCAACAAACAUUUCCUCAAGACCAACCACCUGAAGAAGCACAUGAACUCUCACGAGGGCCGAAGAGACUUUGUCUGCGAGAAAUGCAACAAAGCUUUCCUCACCAAAUACCACCUCACCCGUCACCUCAAGAUAUGCAAAGGGCCCAAGACGGAAAGAGUGUCCCGUAAGGAGCGGGAUGUGGACGAAGAGGAGGAGGAGGAGGAGGAAGAAGAAGGGGAGGAUGAUGGUAGGGGAAGAGGAGGAGGAGGAGGAGGAGAAAGACUUGUUGACUCAGCCAGCAAUGAAGACUGUGGUUUAGAUGUUGGAGGAUAUAACUCUGAAAAGUCCCUGUCACCCCCUCAUUGACACUGUGCCUCUUGAGAUGUCUUGUUUAUUUAUUGACUUUUCUACAAUACUGACGUUUACCUCUAUUUUUUUUGCCAAACAUCAGUUACUUUGUCAUAUUUCAACUGCAGCGUCUUUUUUUUAUAUAUAUAUAUAUAUAUUAUAUAUAUAAAAAUAAUGUUUAGUCUCACACAAGAAUGUCAGUGCUGCUAAAAUAAUCGUUGUCGUAUUAUAAGUCAACUGAUAAAGAUCUGACUGUAUAAGCUGCUUUCUUUUUUCAUUUAACUCAGGCCCCUGUAAUCUUGGUUGAUGGGAUUCAUAUAAGCUAUCUUUCAUUCAUUGUUAUUCUAUAAUCUUUUUUUUUAUUUCUUUGACUAACUAACAUGGGGCAAUAUUCAUUUGUAGUUGCACAAUGAUGUCAUUUAAAUUGUUUAAUUCCAUAUUCUUGCAUUUUAGUCCUGAAAAUGUGUAAUUGCUAAAAGACCUGUGCUUUUAUUCUUUAUUUAUUAAAAGCAGGAUUUUGUGUGAAUGGAAGUGCGCCUUUUGAAAGCAGGAAUCUAGGAAUAACUAAUGUGACUUAAUGUUAAAAUGUUUUAGCUCCAUCCUAGCUGUUGCAUAAUGUUAAAAUAAAUGAACAUUUAUGGUU